GGAGCGGUCGGGGAGCCCGGAGCGACUCUUGCUCGGGUACCGCUUCGCGCCGCCUGCAGCUCGUGCUGCGCAGACGGCAGAGGGAGGAGCGGCCGUCCGAGGUUCGGCCAACUAGAGGCGCGGAAGGCGGAGCUUGAGUCCCAGUCCGAGCCAAGGCUCAGCCUGCUCGGUAGUUUCCCCGGGAGAGAGGCGGGAGCAGCAUCCCGGGCGAUCGCAGCCUGCCGCCGAGCAUCUUCUCCGGCAUCCCGAGCUGGGAUUGCAGGUGUGCGGGAGGCUUGAAACUGUUCCAUCAUGGCUUACCUUGGACUGUUCUCUUUGCUGGUCAUGCAAAGUGUGGUGACAGGGACAACUUUCCCAGAUGAAACCAUAGCUGAGUGGUCAGUGAAUAUGUAUAACCAUCUUCGAGCCAAUGGGGAAGAUGAAAACAUUCUCUUUUCUCCACUGAGCAUUGCCCUGGCAAUGGGAGUGAUGGAGCUUGGGGCUCAAGGAUCUACACUGAAAGAAAUCCGCCAUUCAAUGGGAUAUGAUGGCCUGAAAAACGACGAAGAAUUUUCUUUCCUGAGAGAUUUUUCUAAUAUGGUCUCUGCUGAGAAAGGCCAAUAUGUGAUGAAAGUUGCCAAUUCCCUCUUUGUGCAAAAUGGAUUUCAUGUCAAUGAUGAAUUCUUGAAAAUGAUGAAAAAGUACUUUAAUGCAGAAGUCAAUCACGUGGACUUCAGUCAAAAUGUAGCUGUGGCCAACUAUAUCAAUAAGUGGGUGGAGAAUUAUACAAACAAUCUGCUGAAAGAUUUGGUGUCUCCAAGGGAUUUUGAUGCUGUCACUCAUCUGGCCCUCAUCAAUGCUGUAUAUUUCAAAGGGAGCUGGAAGUCACAGUUUAGACCUGAAAACACCAGAACUUUUUCCUUCACUAAAGAUGAUGAAAGUGAAGUUCAGAUUCCAAUGAUGUAUCAACAAGGAGAAUUUUAUUAUGGGGAAUUCAGUGAUGGGUCCAAUGAGGCUGGUGGCAUCUAUCAAGUCCUUGAAAUUCCCUAUGAGGGAGAUGAGAUCAGCAUGAUGCUGGUUCUGUCCAGACAGGAAGUUCCGCUGGCCACACUGGAGCCUCUGCUUAAAGCACAGCUCAUCGAAGAGUGGGCAAACUCCGUGAAGAAACAGAAAGUGGAAGUAUACCUGCCCAGGUUCACAGUGGAACAGGAAAUUGAUUUAAAAGAUAUUUUGAAAGCCCUUGGGGUCACUGAAAUUUUCAUCAAAGAUGCAAAUUUGACUGCCAUGUCAGAUAACAAAGAGCUGUUCCUCUCCAAAGCUGUUCACAAGUCCUUCAUCGAGGUUAACGAAGAAGGGUCGGAAGCAGCUGCAGCCUCUGGAAUGAUUGCGAUUAGCAGAAUGGCUGUGCUGUACCCUCAGGUGAUUGUCGACCACCCAUUUUUCUUUCUUAUCAAGAACAGAAAAAAUGGUACCAUCUUAUUCAUGGGAAGAGUCAUGCACCCUGAAACAAUGAACACAAGUGGACAUGAUUUUGAGGAACUUUAAAUGAUAGUGUUUGAGUAAAAAGAAAGCAGUAACAAAGCACAUUAUGUUUGCACUUAGUAUAUAUUUAGGAUUUUUGUUUUGCAAUAUUACUUAAUGAAAUAUUUAAAAUAGUCCUGGAUAGUAGUAAUAUAUGUGAACUAUACGUCAGCCUGUCAAGAAAUGUUAGCAGUAUAAAGACUAUGGUCCUGUUGUGUCAUUGUGUCUGUUGUGCUGUUGUUUAAAAUAAAAGUACAUAUUGAACAUGUGAACAGCUUUUUUUUCAUUUUAGAGGAGGUUGUGGUCUACACGCCACUCUGCUGAGAGCUGACAACUAUGCUGUUUCUUUAGGAAUUACAGGAAAAUGAUCCUACAAGGCAAAAGUGAAGAAACUGUUAUUUCUGCGUUUCUUCAUAAUCAUGCAGAAUCGACACCAAAGUCAGCAGCAUAUAUGUACAUAAUAAGCAAUAAUGUGAAAUGGAGGCAAGUAAGCCACAAGAAUCAGAACUGUCAUUUACUGUAGGGCUCCAGGACAAAACCUUUAGGGAAAAAAGGUGAUAGGUAAAGCCCACAGAUGUUACUGACGUGGAUGUACACUGUAGCAUUAUACUCUUAAAAUCAUUAGAGUAUACCUAUUCUAUUUUUUUUAAAAUUAUCCUGUGAAUCAGUAUGCCUCAUGACUAAUAACAAACUCAGACAUCAUAUUAUUCAUUCUCAGUGGCACCAAGAGGCCCCGUGAAGGGGCUCCCGUGCACCAUUUAAGCUGAAGUGAAGUUUUGAUGUUCACACAAAGAAGAAACCACCCAUUGGCACAUUCCCUAGCAUAUACCCAAGACCUGAAGUGGCACAUUGAUGUACCAGCCAUCCAGAUGUAAUUUCUUUAUAGAAAAUUGUUGCUCAGUGCAUCAUAUGGAAUAAAUGCUUCUCAGUCUUAGUGUAGAUGUUGUUACCUGGUCACUCAUUACAGGUUCAGGUUCUUCUCCAAGAUGUCAAAAGUAGAGAGGGGACCACAGCUUUCUAUCAGGUUACAAAUGAUGCCACAGUGUUUGACCAUGCACCUUGCUGUUUAUCACUCAAGUAGCAAAGUUCUACUUUAUGUAAGCAUCACACGUUUCAUAUUUAUAUAAAUAAAUGGAAAAAACUAUCGUUUUCACUGACUGGGAUUAGAAGGAAUGAGGGUGAGGGCAGGAUGUAUUUUGCACUAAUGCCCUUGUGAAGAACUGGUGUGGCUCCAAUGUUUUUCUACAGAUAAAUGUGAGAUUCUUCUGUAUAUUAUAAUCCUUGAAAUACAGUGUUUAAAAAUAUGGAGACAUUUAUAGGCAAUACCCAUGAAAGAAUUUAUGAAUAUCGGAGGACACAGUAUUUAACAUUGAAUCUUUUACAGCUUACAGUUUCAGAAGACUUGCAGUUUGUUCAUAAAUCGCAUUGUAGUAGAAUAGUGCUCUUGUUUUCAUUCAUAAUUUAUGUAGCUGGGAUGGCUGAUGUUAAUUCAGUGCUCACGUUCUGAGCUCAGAAUAGUCUUUAUCACUGCAUCCUUCUUGUUACUAUUGCAUAUAUGGCUACACCUUUAUGUUCAAGAGUAAAUGUAUUGCCUGGAAGGAAGAAUAAACGUUGCUAUGUGAUUAUGCGCUUC